AUGCACUUCACAAUGUUUCCCUCAAGAACUACGGUUCAAUACCUAAAUGAAGUUAAGUCGCUGGUUGAUCAAAUUGCAGUUGCCGGCGGUCACAUUGACGAGGAAGACACAAUUCUUUACAUUCUCAGAGGACUCCCUCCCAACUAUCAAUCCUUCAAGGCGUCCAUUCGGAGCAUGACUCAACCGCUAAAUCUUGAUCAGUUGUACUCUUUCCUCAUCACCGAAGAGAUUCACAUGGCGUUGAAUUUAGCAAGUCUUGCCGUGACCGACACUUCCAAUGCUGUUCUGUUCUCAAGUUGUGGACGUGGCAGAAGGAGUCGAGGUUGCUCUUACGGUCCUACAAAUUCAACUAAAGAAUCUCCUACAAAUGCUCCGACCUGCCAAAUUUGUCUAAAGAAGGGUCACACAGCGAACGAUUGCUAG